GCUGCUCUGGAAAAACUUUAGUAAUGGAUCAAAGGAAGAAUGAGAGUAUUGUCCCUAGUAUUACUCAAUUAGAAGAUUUUCUUACAGAACACAACUCCAAUGUUGUUUGGCUCCUUGUUGCUACCAUUUUAUCCUGUGGAUGGAUUAUUUAUCUCACAUAUUACAAUUCUCGAAAUGUUGGUCUUAUUUUAACAUUGGUUCUUAAUAGAUUAUACAAGCAUGGCUAUAUCCAUAUUGGGUCCUUCUCUUUCUCUGUUCUUUCUGGAAAAGUCAUGGUUCGUGAAAUUUAUUACAUUACAGAAGACAUGUCUAUUAGAAUUCAAGAUGGAUUUAUAAUUUUUCGGUGGUGGAAAAUGUAUAAUCCAAAGCAGAAACAACAUGAUCCAAAGGCAGAAACCAGAUUAUACAUCACAGUCAAUGACUUUGAAUUUCAUGUCUAUAAUCGUUCGGAUCUUUAUGGACGUCUUCAAGAAUUAUUUGGUUUGGAGCCAACAAUAAUUCCACCUAAGAAAGAGGAUGAUAAAACACGGGAAAAUGGAAGAACAAGAACCCAGUCCAAAAUCGAAAGAGUUAAAGUAAAAACAGAAUCUCAAGACCCCACAUCUUCAUGGAGAUCACUUAUUCCAGUCAUAAAGGUCAAUGUGAGCACAGGACGUUUGGCCUUUGGAAAUCAUUACCAACCUCAAACUCUGUGUAUCAACUUUGAUGAUGCUUUCUUAACUUACACUACAAAACCGCCUUCUAGUCAUCUUGAUCAAUUCAUGCAUAUUGUGAAAGGGAAACUUGAAAAUGUUCGAGUCAUGCUUGUUCCUAGUCCAAGAUAUGUUGGUCUUCAAAAUGAUGAACCACCAAGAUUAAUGGGAGAAGGGUUUGUGGUGAUGCAGUCAAAUGAUGUUGACAUCUACUACUACAUGGAUGAGCCAGGACUUGUUCCAGAAGAAACAGAAGAAAAUAUUGAAGGAGAAAUGAGUAGUGAGGAUUGCAAAUUACAAGAUUUGCCUCCGUGUUGGGGACUGGAUAUAGUUUGUGGUAAAGGAACGGAUUUCAACUAUGGGCCAUGGGCCGAUAGACAAAGAGACUGUCUGUGGAAGUUUUUCUUCCCACCUGAUUAUCAAGUUCUGAAAGUUUCUGAAAUUGCACAGCCUGGGAGACCACGACAGAUCCUUGCUUUUGAACUCCGAAUGAAUAUUAUUGCAGAUGCUACAAUUGAUUUGCUGUUUACCAAAAACAGGGAAACAAAUGCUGUACAUGUAAAUGUAGGAGCUGGCUCAUAUUUAGAAAUUAAUAUUCCAAUGACAGUUGAGGAAAAUGGUUAUACUCCUGCAAUUAAAGGACAGCUCUUACAUGUUGAUGCUACCACCAGCAUGCAAUACCGGACCCUUUUAGAAGCAGAAAUGUUAGCAUUCCACAUCAAUGCCAGUUAUCCCCGAAUAUGGAACAUGCCACAGACUUGGCAGUGUGAAUUAGAGGUUUAUAAAGCCACCUACCACUUUAUCUUUGCACAGAAGAACUUCUUUACUGAUUUAAUCCAAGACUGGUCUAGUGAUAGUGCUCCAGACAUUUUUUCAUUUGUGCCAUAUACAUGGAAUUUUAAAAUCAUGUUUCAUCAAUUUGAAAUGAUUUGGGCUGCUAAUCAACACAAUUGGAUUGACUGUUCCACUAAACAACAGGAAAAUGUGUAUCUGGCAGCCUGUGGGGAAACAUUAAACAUUGAUUUCUCUUUGCCUUUUACGGACUUUGUUCCAGCUACGUGUAACACCAAGUUCUCUUUAAGAGGAGAAGAUGUUGAUCUUCAUUUAUUUCUACCAGAUUGCCACCCCAGUAAAUACUCAUUAUUUAUGUUGGUAAAGAAUUGCCACUCAAAUAAAAUGACUCAUGAUACUGGUAUUCCUGCUGAGUGUCAAAGUGGUCAGAAAACAGUUAAACCAAAAUGGCGGAAUAUUACACAAGAAAAAGCUGGUUGGGUUGAAUGCUGGACUGUCCCAAGUGUCAUGCUUACAAUUGAUUAUACAUGGCAUCCAAUUUAUCCACAAAAAGCAGAUGAGCAACUAAAACAAUCAUUAUCAGAAAUGGAAGAAACAAUGCUUUCUGUAUUAAGGCCAUCCCAGAAAACAUCAGACAGAGUUGUUUCUUCUCCUUCUACAUCUUCACGCCCACCUAUCGAUCCCUCAGAACUUCUACCUGAUAAACUUCAUGUAGAAAUGGAACUUUCCCCAGAUUCUCAAAUAACUCUUUAUGGACCACUAUUAAAUGCCUUCUUAUGUAUAAAGGAAAAUUACUUUGGGGAAGAUGACAUGUAUAUGGAUUUUGAAGAGGUUAUUUCAAGUCCUGUUCUGUCACUGUCAACAUCAUCCAGCUCUGGGUGGACUGCUGUUGGGAUGGAAAAUGACAAAAAGGAAAAUGAAAGUUCAGCCAAGUCAAUUCAUCCGCUUACCUUACGUCCUUGGGAUAUUACUGUACUUGUUAAUUUGUACAAAGUUCAUGGACGUCUUCCUGUUCACGGAACCACUGAUGGCCCUGAGUGCCCUACAGCAUUCUUGGAAAGACUGUGUUUUGAAAUGAAAAAAGGAUUUCGAGAGACCAUGCUGCAACUUGUCCUGUCACCCCUAAAUGUGUUUGUCAGUGAUAACUAUCAGCAGCGACCUCCUGUGGAUGAAGUACUCAGGGAGGGUCACAUCAAUUUGUCAGGUCUCCAGCUGAGAGCACAUGCUAUGUUCUCAGCAGAAGGUCUUCCUUUGGGAAGUGAUUCCUUAGAAUAUGCAUGGUUAAUUGAUGUGCAGGCUGGAAGUCUUACAGCUAAGGUCACAGCACCACAGCUAGCUUGUCUGUUGGAGUGGGGACAGACAUUUGUUUUUCAUGUGGUAUGUCGGGAGUAUGAACUGGAAAGACCUAAAUCAGUAAUAAUAUGUCAGCAUGGAUUUGACCGUCGGUUCUGUGAAUCCAAGUUGAGUUGUAUUCCUGGGCCUUGUCCAACUUCAGAUGAUUUGAAAUAUACUAUGACUCGUUUAGCAGUAGAUGGAGCAGAUAUUUAUGUCGUGGAACAUGGCUGUGCUACAAAUCUAAAGAUGGGUGCAAUUCGAGUUGCAAACUGUAAUCUCCACAAUCAGUCAGUUGGGGAAGGAAUAAGUGCUGCAAUUCAGGAUUUUCAAGUGAGACAGUACAUUGAACAAUUAAAUAAUUCCAGAGUUGGACUUCAGCCUACAGUACUACGGAGGGCCUAUUGGCUUGAAGCAGGGUCAGCCAAUUUAGGACUCAUUACUGUUGAUAUUGCAUUAGCUGCUGAUCAUCAUUCUAAACAUGAGGCUCAAAGACAUUUCCUAGAAACUCAUGAUGCCAGAACUAAAAGGUUGUGGUUUUUGUGGCCAGAUGAUACCCUGAAGAAUAAGAGGUGUAGGAACAAGUGUGGUUGUCUCGGUGGCUGCAGAUUCUUUGGUGGCACAGUUACUGGCCUAGAUUUCUUCAAACUUGAAGAGUUGACACCUUCCAGUAGUUCUGCAUUUUCAAGCACGAGUGCAGAGUCUGAUAUGUAUUAUGGACAGUCUCUGCUACAGCCUGGAGAAUGGAUUAUUACUAAAGAAAUUCCCAAUAUUGUAGAUGGUAAUGUGAAUGGCAUGAAGAGGAAAGAAUGGGAAAACAAAUCAGUGGGAAUAGAAGUAGAAAGAAAAACUCAGCACCUUAGUCUUCAAGUACCAUUACGAUCUCAUAGUUCAUCCUCUUCCUCAGAGGAAAAUAGUAGUUCUAGUGCUGCACAACCUUUAUUGGCUGGAGAAAAGGAAAGUCCCUCUUCUGUUGCUGAUGACCAUUUGGUUCAAAAAGAAUUCUUGCAUAAUGCAAAAAGAGAUGAUGGCCAUGUAAGCAUUCCUACAGAAAUUCCAGGAAACAGCCCCGUGUCUCCUAAUACUCAGGAAAAGUCAGUAGGUCAAUCUCCUUUGAGAUCUCCCUUGAAACGACAAGCUUCUGUAUGUUCCACUCGACUUGGGAGUACCAAGAGCCUUACUGCUGCUUUUUAUGGGGACAAGCAGCCUGUUACAGUUGGAGUCCAGUUUAGUAGUGAUGUCUCCCGAAGUGAUGAGAAUGUAUUAGACUCACCAAAGCAGAGAAGAAGUUUUGGUUCAUUUCCAUACACGCCAUCGGCAGACUCCAAUUCAUUUCAUCAAUAUCGGUCAAUGGAUUCCAGCAUGUCAAUGGCUGAUAGUGAAGCCUACUUUUCUGCAGCCGAGGAAUUUGAGCCCAUUAGCAGUGAUGAAGGCCCUGGAACUUAUCCAGGUAGAAAAAAGAAGAAAAAGCAAACACAGCAGAUUGACUACAGUAGGGGUUCCAUAUAUCACAGUGUAGAAGGACCACUUACUGGCCAUGGAGAGACCAUUCAGGAUCCCCGAACUCUGCCAUUCAAAACUCAUCCUUCCCAGGCUUCAUUUGUUUCUGCAUUAGGUGGAGAAGAUGAUGUUAUAGAACAUCCGUAUGUUGUAGAGGUUGAGAAAACACUAGAGAGUGAACAGAUUACUUCUCAACAACCUGUGAUGAAUUGUUAUCAGACUUAUCUUACUCAGUUCCAGGUAAUUAAUUGGUCAGUGAAGCACCCUACUAACAAAAGAACCUCUAAGUCCUCAUUGCAUCGUCCCCUUGAUCUGGAUACUCCAACCAGUGAAGAAAGCUCAUCAUCAUUUGAACAGCUUUCUGUUCCAACUUUUAAGGUUAUCAAACAGGGGCUCACAGCUAAUUCUUUACUAGACAGAGGAAUGCAACUUUCAGGAUCAACUUCAAAUACACCAUACACUCCUCUGGAAAAGAAAACGGUUGAUAACACAGAUGAUGAAACAUUGGCAGAAGAGUGGACCCUGGAUCAGCCGGUCUCUCAGACCAGGACCACAGCCAUAGUUGAAGUGAAAGGGACUGUUGAUAUUGUUCUGACUCCCCUGGUAGCCGAAGCUUUAGACAGGUACAUUGAAGCAAUGGUUCAUUGUGCUAGUACCCGCCAUCCAGCUGCAAUUGUAGAUGAUCUCCAUGCCAAAGUCCUCAGGGAGGCUGUCCAAAAUAGCAAGACUACCUUCUCAGAAAAUCUAUCUUCCAAACAAGAUGUUAGAGGAACAAAAACUGAACAUGCUACCAUAGGAACGACUAAUCAAGGACAAGCACAGACAAAUCUUGUAUUGAAGCAAGAUAAUGUAACAAUUAAAGGUCUUCAGGCUAAUGUUAGCAUACCAAAGGUAAACUUAUGUUUGUUACAAGCCUCAGUGGAAGAAUCUCCAAGUACGGCUCCUAGUAAAAGUGUGACUCAUGUUUCUCUAAUAGCAUUGUGUUUUGACAGAAUUGCUACACAAGUUCGUAUGAACAGAGGUGUAGUUGAAGAGACUUCAAAUAAUACAGAACCUGGUAGAACAUCAAAUUUUGAUAGGUAUGUCCAUGCCACUAAAAUGCAGCCUCAGUCAUCUGGAUCUCUCAGAUCAAAUGCCGGAGCAGAAAAAGGCAAAGAAAUUGCAGCCAAGUUAAAUAUUCAUCGAGUUCAUGGGCAACUUAGAGGUCUUGAUACAACAGAUAUAGGUACCUGUGCCAUCACUGCUAUUCCUUUUGAGAAAUCCAAAGUUUUAUUUACUCUUGAAGAGUUGGAUGAGUUUACUUUUGUGGAUGAAACUGAUCAGCAAGCUGUUCCAGAUGUAACUCGAAUAGGUCCCAGCCAAGAAAAAUGGGGUUGGAUAAUGUUUGAAUGUGGACUUGAAAAUUUAACCAUAAAAGGUGGAAGACAGUCUGGUGCUGUUUUAUAUAAUACUUUUGGAAUUAUGGGUAAAGCUAGUGUCACAGAAAGAGGUGGAGUGCUGACAUCCAAUAAUUCUUCUGAUUCUCCAACUGGCAGUGGCUAUAAUACUGAUGUCUCUGAUGAUAAUCUUCCUUGUGAUCGAAUAAGCCCUUCUUCAGACUUAAAUGGAAAUUCUGUUUCAGAUGAACAAGAUGAAGGAGUUGAAUCUGAUGAUUUGAAAAAAGAUCUACCUCUGAUGCCUCCACCUCCAGAUUCAUGUAGCAUGAAGUUGACCAUCAAGGAAAUUUGGUUUAGUUUUGCAGCUCCCACCAAUGUGAGAUCUCCUACACAUGCAUUUUCUAGGCAGCUGAAUCUUUUAAGCACUGCAACUCCAGCUGUUGGUGCAUGGCUUGUUCCCAUUGAUCAACUCAAAUCAUCCUUAAACAAAUUAGAAACUGAGGGCACCUUGAGAAUUUGUGCUGUUAUGGGAUGCAUAAUGACAGAAGCAUUAGAGAAUAAAAGUGUACAUUUUCCCUUAAGAAGUAAAUACAACAGACUUACAAAAGUUGCCCGUUUUCUCCAAGAAAAUCCUUCAUGUUUACUGUGCAAUAUACUACAUCACUACCUGCACCAGGCAAAUUACUCCAUCAUUGAUGAUGCUACAAUGAGUGAUGGACUUCCUGCUUUGGUAACUUUAAAGAAAGGUUUAGUUGCACUGGCAAGACAGUGGAUGAAGUUUAUUGUGGUGACACCAGCCUUUAAAGGAGUUAGCUUACACAGACCAGCUCAGCCACUGAAACCUCAAUCAGCUGUGGACCACGAACAUGAAGACGGACUUGGGCUAGACAAUGGAGGUGGUCUUCAAAGUGAUACCAGUGCUGAUGGAGCAGAAUUUGAAUUUGAUGCAGCCACAGUCAGUGAACACACAAUGCUAUUAGAAGGAACAGCCAACCGUCCUCCACCUGGUGGCUCUGGACCUGUAACUGGAGCUGAGAUAAUGAGGAAACUUUCUAAGACUCAUACCCAUAGUGACUCUGCAUUAAAAAUAAAGGGUAUUCACCCAUAUCAUUCUUUGAGCUAUACCAGUGGGGACACUGCCACAGAUUCUCCUGUGCAUGUUGGCCGUACUGGGAUGCCAGUGAAGGAGAGUCCAAGGAAGGAGAGCCUACUCAGCUACCUGACUGGAAGCUUCCCAAGCUUGCACAAUCUCCUAGAAGGGACUCCUCAAAGAAGUAGUGCAGCUAUAAAAAGCAGCUCCCUAACGAGAACAGGAAAUACAAUGGCCACUGAUAUGUUAUCUGAACAUCCCUUGCUAUCUGAGCCAUCAUCUGUGAGUUUCUAUAAUUGGAUGUCAAAUGCUGUGGGUAAUCGUGGAAGUAUGGUACAAGAAUCUCCUGUUACAAAAUCCACACACAAUAGUCUUCCAUCAGGUGUUGCACCCAAUCUUCCUACAAUACCCUCAGCCUCAGAUUUCAACACCGUCUUGUCUAGUGACCAGAAUACUUUGGAUGGAACACAUUCUCAGCAUAGCACUAGUCAGGAUGAUGUGGCAGGUGUAGAAGAAGCCAACCAAGGGUUUCCUGCUGUGCAGCUUGCUGAUGCACAGGUUGUUUUCAAACCUCUUCUCAGUCAUACAGGGAUUCAGUCCCAGGAUGCAAUGCCACUCUGCUACCGAAUGUACUUCGGAGAACACCUUUCAUUUUCAGGGACUUUGGACUGCCUUAGAGCAGAUAUUGUGGAUUCGGACACAGCCAAAGAGAGAAAAGGCAAAAGAGCAAGAAGGCAAGGUCAUGUGAAUCUUCCUCCACUUGAGUUCAAACCAGCAUUAAUGUUGGAAACCUUUAGCAUCAGUGCUGUUGUAAUGGAAAAGUCAGUGUGCACCCCUCAGAACUCUACCAGUGCUCUUUCUUUUCAUGAUCUCAACAAACGGUAUUAUAAUACCUUUCACUGUAACUUUACUAUUUCUUGUCAGUCAAUAAGCCAGCAUGUAGAUAUGGCUUUGGUUCGUCUUAUUCAUCAAUUUAGUACAAUGAUAGAUGACAUCAAAGCAACUCAGACUGACAUUAAACUUAGCAGAUAUACAGCUGGAUCAGCUUCCCCAACACCUACCUUCAAAACCAGAAAACAUCGGGAUUUUCGCUCGUCUGACUUCAGCCGCAGUUCUAGAGGAAGUCUGAAUGGUGGCAAUAGAGUAAACAAUGCAAAGAACAAACGGACCAACAAUGACAAUAACAAAAAGGAAUCUCGAAACAAAAAUUCAUUAGGAAGAUCUGAAAGAAGAACUUCAAAAGUGUCUAGGAAAGGUUCAAAAGAUGUGGUGGACCAUAUGACUAUUCAUAUGGAUGACUCUGAUUCAAUUACAGUGUCAGAACAAAGUGAGCCUUCAGCUGAGUGCUGGCAGAAUAUGUAUAAAUUACUUAAUUUCUAUUCACUUAUCUCUGAUCCAACAGGAAUAUUGGAGAAGUCUUCAGAAACAUUUGGACCAGCAGGAGUUCGGAGCCCUACAGAGCCGACAUGUAAAGUUGUGUUUGAGAAUGAACAAGACAGUAAUAGUUUGACGAAGACACAGAGGAAACGUAGCUUGGUGACUUCUGAACCUCAGCAUGUUACUCUAAUAGUGUUUGGGAUUGGCAUGGUGAACCGCACACACCUGGAGGCGGACAUUGGGGGGCUAACAAUGGAAUCAGAACUCAAGAGGAUCCAUGGUAGCUUUACACUUAAGGAAAAAAUGAAAGAUGUUUUACAUCAAAAGAUGACUGAGACUUGUGCCACUGCUCAUAUUGGUGGGGUUAAUAUUGUGCUGCUUGAAGGGAUUACACCAAAUAUACAAACUGUAGUGAAAUGUAGUAUUGCCAAGUCACAAGCCCUCUAUAGUGCCCAGAGAGGGUUGAAGACUAACAAUGCUGCCGUGUUCAAAGUAGGAGCUAUCAGCAUCAACAUUCCCCAGCACCCUGCCACCUUACAUAGCAUGAUGGUUCGAAGUUCCCACCAACUAUCUAAGCAGAUCUCAGAUCUUAUCAGACAGCCUUCUACAGCCCCACAGCCUAUGAAAGAAGAUAUUGCAACACCCCUACCUUCUGAAAAAACUCCGACAAGUGUUAAUCAAACUCCUAUCGAAACAAAUGAAUUUCCUCAGUUACCCGAAGGUUUAGAAAAGAAGCCCAUUGUUCUUAAAUUCAGUGCCAUGUUAGAUGGUAUAGCCAUUGGAGCAGCACUUUUACCAUCUCUGAAAGCAGAAUACAAAAUGGGAAGAAUGAGAAGUCAUGGAAUGACAGGUGCACAGACCAGGUUUACAUUUGAGCUGCCAAAUCACAGAUUACGUUUUACUUCAAAAGUUUCUGCCACAGAUAUGUCAACCAUUCCUCCUUCUGCCAGUCUCAACCUUCCUCCUGUUACUAUGUCAGGGAAAUACAUAAUGGAAGAACAUGAUAGUUAUUCAGAUCAGGUGUGGAGUAUUGAUGAACUACCUUCUAAACAAGGGUACUAUUUACAGGGAAAUUAUCUACGUUGUGUGGCAGAAGUUGGUUCCUUUGAACAUAAUCUCACAACUGAUCUUCUAAACCACUUGGUAUUUGUACAGAAAGUGUUCAUGAAGGAAGUUAAUGAAGUAAUACAGAAAGUUUCUGGUGGGGAGCAGCCUAUUCCUCUUUGGAAUGAACAUGAUGGAACAACAGAUGGAGAUAAGCCUAAAAUUCUACUCUAUUCCCUGAACUUGCAGUUUAAGGGUAUUCAAGUAACAGCCACUACUCCAUCAAUGAGAGCUGUGAGAUUUGAAACUGGAUUGAUAGAGCUGGAACUUUCGAACCGACUUCAAACCAAAGCUUCACCAGGGAGUAGCAGCUAUCUGAAACUGUUUGGUAAAUGUCAAGUGGAUUUAAAUCUGGCAUUAGGACAAAUUGUCAAACAUCAAGUUUAUGAGGAAGCUGGUUCUGAUUUUCAUCAAGUUGCCUAUUUUAAAACCAGAAUUGGAUUAAGAAAUGCCCUCCGAGAAGAAAUCAGUGGUUCUUCAGAUAGGGAAGCUGUGCUUAUUACCUUGAAUAGACCAAUUGUUUAUGCACAACCUGUGGCCUUUGACAGAGCUGUGCUGUUUUGGCUGAAUUAUAAGGCCGCCUAUGACAACUGGAAUGAACAACGAAUGGCUUUACAUAAAGAUAUUCAUAUGGCUACAAAGGAGGUAGUAGAUAUGCUACCAGGUAUCCAGCAAACAUCAGCCCAGGCCUUUGGGACUCUCUUCCUCCAGCUUACUGUGAAUGAUCUGGGAAUAUGCCUGCCCAUCACAAAUACUGCACAGUCUAAUCACACUGGAGAUCUUGACAUUGGUUCUGCUUUAGUAUUGACCAUUGAAAGUACUCUCAUCACUGCUUGUUCUUCAGAAUCUCUGGUUAGUAAAGGGCAUUUCAAAAACUUUUGUAUUCGUUUUGCUGAUGGCUUUGAGACGUCGUGGGAUGACUGGAAACCAGAAAUUCGUGGCGAUCUAGUGAUGAAUGCCUGUGUAGUUCCAGAUGGCACCUAUGAAGUAUGUUCUAGGACUACAGGACAAGCAGCUGCUGAAAGUAGUAGUGCUGGAACGUGGACACUCAAUGUUUUGUGGAAGAUGUGUGGGAUCGAUGUCCAUAUGGAUCCUAACAUUGGCAAAAGACUUAAUGCUCUGGGCAAUACCCUUACAACACUGACAGGAGAGGAGGACAUAGAUGACAUUGCUGAUCUAAAUUCAGUGAACAUAGCUGACCUGUCAGAUGAGGAUGAAGUUGAUACUAUGUCUCCCACUAUCCAUACUGAAGCUGUAGAUUAUCGAAGACAAGGAGCAUCUUGUAGCCAGCCAGGAGAACUUAGAGGAAGAAAAAUUAUGAAGCGUAUAGUCGAUAUCAGAGAACUGAAUGAACAGGCAAAAGUAAUAGAUGAUCUUAAAAAAUUAGGUGCAAGUGAAGGGACCAUAAACCAAGAAAUUCAGCGUUAUCAACAGUUAGAAUCUGUCGCUGUGAAUGAUAUUCGAAGAGAUGUUCGUAAGAAAUUACGGAGGUCCAGUAUGCGAGCUGCUUCUCUAAAGGAUAAGUGGGGUUUGGGUUACAAACCAAGUUAUAGCCGUUCAAAAAGCAUUUCUGCUUCUGGAAGACCUCCUCUUAAACGAAUGGAAAGGGCAAGUUCUCGAAUAGGAGAAACUGAGGAGCUCCCUGAAAUCCGUGUGGAUGCAGCAUCUCCCGGACCCAGAGUAACUUUCAAUAUCCAAGAUACAUUGAAAAAAACAAUAUGGGGAAGUACGCCACAAUCCAGCUGUCCUGGGGAAGGGUAUUUUCAGUUUCCAGAGGAGACAGAACUGGACCUUUUGUCAGUAACCAUUGAAGGACCAUCCCAUUACUCCGCAAAUAGUGAAGGAUCAUAUUCUGUGUUCAGUUCUCCCAAAACUCCAGGAGGCUAUUCAUCAGGCAUUCCUUUCCAGCCUGAAGAGGGCCGACGGGAUGACAGUUUGUCUUCUACUAGUGAAGAUUCUGAGAAGGAUGAAAAGGAUGAAGACCAUGAGAGGGAAAGGUUUUAUAUUUACCGGAAACCCUCACACACAUCUCGUAAAAAAGCAACAGGCUUUGCUGCUGUUCAUCAGCUAUUUACAGAACGCUGGCCCACAGCUCCAGUCAACCGAAGUCUUAGUGGCGCAGCUACAGAGAGAAAUAUUGACUUUGAACUUGAUAUACGGGUGGAAAUUGAUAGUGGAAAAUGUGUUCUCCACCCAACUACCCUUCUACAAGAACAUGAUGAUAUAAGCUUGAGAAGGAGUUAUGAUAGAAGUUCCAGGAGUUUAGAUCAAGAUUCUCCUUCAAAAAAGAAGAAGUUUCAAACCAAUUAUGCUUCUACCACCCAUUUAAUGACUGGCAAGAAAGUACCAUCUUCUCUACAGACAAAGUCUAGUGACUUAGAAACAACAGUAUUUUACAUUCCUGGAGUUGAUGUAAAGUUGCAUUACAAUUCCAAGACACUAAAGACCGAAUCACCCAAUGCUUCCAGAGGAUCUUCCUUGCCAAGAACGCUCUCUAAAGAGUCCAAGCUGUAUGGUAUGAAAGAUAGUGCACCAUCUCCUCCUUCUCCUCCUUUACCUUGCAAUGUCCAGAGCAAGACUAACACCUUACUUCCUCCCCAACCCCCACCUAUUCCCUCAGCCAAAGGAAAAGGAAGUGGAGGAGUAAAAACAGCCAAAUUAUAUGCUUGGGUAGCGCUUCAGUCAUUGCCAGAAGAAAUGGUUAUUAGUCCCUGCCUGUUAGAUUUUCUGGAAAAAGCUCUGGAAACUAUCCCAAUUACACCAAUUGAAAGGAAUUAUACAACUGUCAGUUCACAAGAUGAAGAUAUGGGACAUUUUGAAAUACCAGAUCCUAUGGAAGAAUCGACAACAUCAUUAGUAUCAUCUUCAACAUCUGCUUACUCUUCCUUCCCUGUAGAUGUUGUGGUUUAUGUACGAGUUCAGCCCUCACAGAUCAAGUUUAGCUGCUUACCAGUAUCCAGAGUAGAAUGCAUGCUAAAGCUGCCAUCCCUGGACUUGGUGUUUUCUUCAAACCGAGGUGAACUGGAGACUUUAGGGACCACGUAUCCCACAGAAACUUUAUCCCCUGGAGGUAAUGCUACUCCAAGUGGAACAAAGACUUCUGCAAGCAAAACUGGAAUACCCGGUUCAUCCGGCCUGGGCAGCCCUCUUGGCAGAAGUCGACAUAGUAGUAGUCAGUCGGAUCUGACCAGUUCUAGCAGCAGUUCAUCUGGUUUGAGCUUCACUGCAUGCAUGUCUGACUUUUCCCUUUAUGUAUUUCAUCCGUACGGAGCAGGGAAACAAAAAACUGCUGUUUCUGGGCUCACAUCUGGAUCAGGAGGACUAGGGAAUGUGGAUGAAGAACCCACUUCAGUCACUGGUCGAAAAGACUCACUCAGUAUAAACCUUGAAUUUGUAAAAGUGAGUUUGUCUCGGAUAAGGCGUUCAGGAGGUGCCUCAUUUUUUGAAAGUCAGUCUGUAAGCAAGUCUGCAAGCAAAAUGGAUACCACACUAAUCAAUAUAUCUGCUGUAUGUGAUAUAGGGUCUGCCUCCUUUAAAUAUGAUAUGCGUCGACUCAGUGAAAUUCUGGCAUUUCCAAGAGCCUGGUAUAGGAGAAGUAUUGCAAGACGCCUAUUCCUUGGAGACCAAACUAUAAAUUUGCCAACAUCUGGCCCAGGGACACCUGAUUCCAUUGAAGGUGUAAGCCAGCAUCUUUCCCCUGAAUCAUCAAGAAAAGCUUACUGCAGGACCUGGGAGCAGCCUAGUCAGUCGGCCUCUUUCACCCACAUGCCUCAGUCACCUAAUGUAUUCAAUGAGCAUAUGACAAACAGCACCAUGUCACCAGGGACAGCAGCACAGAGCCUAAAAUCCCCAGCUUCCAUAAGAUCAAGGAGUGUGUCUGAUUCUUCAGUUCCCCGAAGAGAUUCGCUUUCAAAAACAUCAACUCCUUUUAACAAAUCGAACAAAGCAGCCAGCCAACAAGGGACCCCAUGGGAAACAUUGGUCGUGUUUGCCAUCAACUUGAAGCAAUUAAACGUUCAAAUGAAUAUGAGUAAUGUAAUGGGAAAUACAACUUGGACAACUAGUGGUUUGAAGAGCCAGGGCCGUCUUUCGGUAGGAAGUAAUCGAGAUCGAGAGAUAAGCAUGUCCGUUGGUCUGGGAAGAUCACAGUUGGAUUCUAAAGGAGGAGUAGUUGGAGGGACCAUAGAUGUCAAUGCUUUGGAGAUGGUUGCUCAUAUUUCUGAACAUCCAAAUCAGCAACCUAGUCACAAGAUUCAGAUUACUAUGGGUUCUACUGAAGCUCGUGUUGAUUACAUGGGCUCAAGUAUCCUCAUGGGUAUCUUCAGUAAUGCUGAUCUGAAGCUUCAGGAUGAAUGGAAAGUAAAUCUGUAUAAUACACUGGAUUCAAGCAUGACUGAUAAAAGUGAAAUAUUUGUCCAUGGAGAUUUGAAGUGGGAUAUUUUCCAAGUAAUGAUAUCAAGAUCAACUACACCAGACCUGAUAAAAAUAGGAAUGAAGCUCCAGGAGUUUUUCACACAACAGUUUGACACCAGCAAACGAGCUCUGUCUACCUGGGGACCUGUUCCAUAUCUUCCACCUAAGACAAUGACUAAUAACCUAGAGAGAAGUUCACAAGAACAAUUGCUCGAUGCAGCUCAUCAUCGACAUUGGCCUGGAGUAUUGAAGGUGGUAUCAGGAUGCCACAUAUCCUUAUUUCAGAUUCCAUUACCAGAAAAUGGAAUGCAGUUUGGAGGAUCAAUGAGCUUACAUGGAAAUCAUAUGACAUUGGCUUGUUUUCAUGGUCCAAAUUUCCGUUCAAAAUCCUGGGCCCUUUUUCACUUAGAAGAACCAAAUAUUGCUUUUUGGACCGAAGCUCAGAAAAUCUGGGAAGAUGGCUCUAGUGAUCAUUCUACAUAUAUAGUACAAACAUUAGAUUUUCAUCUGGGCCACAAUACCAUGGUUACCAAACCAUGUGGGGCUUUGGAAAGUCCUAUGGCAACAAUAACCAAGAUAACAAGGCGUCGCCAUGAAAACCCACCCCAUGGAGUAGCAAGUGUAAAAGAAUGGUUCAACUAUGUUACAGCCACAAGGAAUGAAGAGCUAAACCUGCUUCGUAAUGUUGAUGCUAAUAAUACUGAGAAUAGCACUACAGUGAAGAAUUCUAGUUUGUUGAGUGGAUUCAGAGGAGGUUCUAGCUACAAUCAUGAAACAGAGACUAUCUUUGCAUUACCAAGGAUGCAGCUUGAAUUUAAAUCCAUUCAUGUUCAAGAACCACAGGAACCUUCAUUACAGGAUGCCAGCCUGAAGCCGAAGGUAGAAUGUAGUGUGGUGACAGAGUUUACUGACCACAUUUGUGUGACUAUGGAUGCUGAGCUCAUCAUGUUUCUUCAUGAUUUAGUGUCAGCUUAUCUUAAAGAAAAAGAAAAAGCCAUUUUUCCACCUCGGAUUUUAUCUACUCGACCAGGACAGAAAAGCCCAAUUAUUAUACAUGAUGACAAUUCCUCUGACAGAGACAGAGAGGACAGCAUCACUUACACGACUGUGGACUGGAGAGAUUUUAUGUGCAACACAUGGCAUCUAGAACCCACUCUCAGAUUAAUUUCUUGGACUGGAAGAAAGAUUGAUCCAGUAGGUGUUGAUUAUAUUCUUCAAAAACUGGGCUUUCAUCAUGCCAGGACUACUAUUCCUAAAUGGCUUCAAAGAGGAGUCAUGGACCCCCUUGACAAGGUUCUGUCAGUUCUUAUUAAAAAACUUGGUACUGCACUACAGGAUGAAAAGGAAAAGAAAGGAAAAGACAAAGAAGAACACUAAAAAAAGUAACUUGAUCUGUGAACAAAUUAAGAUUGUGUCUGUUAAGUUUUAUUACACUGGAGUGUUUUUUUUUUUUUUUUUUUUUUUUUUGUAUAGUAAAAUUAUUUUCAGUAUAACUUAAAAUAACUCUAAUUUUGUGGCCAUUAUAUUGAAAGUUUGUAAGUUAACCUGUUUAUUCUAGUUCCACCAUUCUAUAUACAGUGAAAUAUUGCAUGAUAAUGUACAUUUUGUGAAAAACUAGAUUAUAUAAAUCUGCUCAGUAGGGUUUAUAAUUGUAUUAUGUGCAAUAUGAUUCCUGCAUCUUUAAAAUAUUUUCAGAGUAACUGUGAAUUUUUGUUAUUGGCCAUAACUUUUAGAAAAAAAUCUUGUUUA